AUGGCUUUGGAACCUAUCAAUUGCUCCGCUCAUGCAAGAGACAUCGAGGACGUCUAUCAGAAAAUCGUCAGAGAUUCAGACCCAGACACAACAUGGAUGAUCAUCUCGCCAAACGCACAAAAGGAGUACCUACCGGAAACCACAGGCUCUGACUUUUCAGAGUUCUUGGGCUCGUUCGACGAGACUAAAGUCCAGUAUGGUUUCGCCAGAAUUACGCCACCAGGCUCAGAUGUAGGCAAAAAUAUCUUGAUUGGUUGGUGUCCGGAUUCCGCAGCAAUGAAGUCAAGAGCCUCCUUUGCUGCUAACUUCGGUGUCGUCGCCAACACCGUCCUAAAGAGUUACCACGUUCAAGUCUCCGCUAGAGACUCCGAUGAUUUGGCAGAAAGGGACAUUCUGAAGAGAAUUAGUGACGCUGCAGGCGCUCGUUACUCAAUCCAAUCCUCAGACUCGAAUUCUGCUGCUUCUAAACCUCGUUCCUCAGUUGCUUCAAAACCAGCUCCUAUCUUCAACAAACCGAAACCAACACCUGUUGUCAACACUCCAAAACCAGCUGUCUCGAAACCUGCUAACAAUGAUGACGAUUGGGACGAACCAGAGGUCGAAGAAAGAGACUUCUCAGCAAAUCCAUUGAAACCAAACGCUUCCACUUACAAACCAAUCGGCAAAGUUGACCUACAAAAAGUCAUCGCUGAAGAAAAAGCCAAAGAAGAUCCACGUCUUGUCCAUAACGGACCUGUAGUUGGAACCAAGCCUCCUAUUAAUGUUGGUGCUGCAUCUACCCAGAGUGACAGUGACCACUUGGUCAAGGGUUUUAAGACAGAAAAGAGUCCUGCUGAGCUUUGGGCUGAAAAGAAGGCUGCUAAAUCAGGCUCUACUACUACUCAAAGGGAAGCACCUCAACAGCAACAAAAUGCUUCACAAGAAGAAGAUACAGAAGAGCAUUUAGAAGAGGUCGAUGAACUAAAAUCGAAAUUCGAAAAAUUGUCCGCAAAUGCUGAACCUCAAGUCAUAACACCAAAGCCAUUCUCAAAACCGCAACAAGUAGAAGAGAUACCUUCCAAGACAAACAUCAAGAUGACGGGAACUCCAUUACCUGGCAUGCAUAAUGAAGAACCAGAAAAAGACGAAGAAGAUAACAACGAUGAUGAUUGGAAUGACGAUGAAGAACAAGAACAAGCUCCACAACCUCUACCACCUAGAAACGUUAGACCAGAGCAAGAGCAAGAGCAAGAACUAGAAGAGCAAGAACCAGAACAAGAAGAAGAAGCUGAUGUCCCCCCACCACCUUUACCAUCGAGAGAACAAGUACAAGAGCCAGAACCGGAAGCCACUUUACCUUUACCAGCCAGGGAGUCAUCUGCUCCACCUCCACCACCACGAAAGGUUGCAACUCAAGAGAAACCUGCGUUGGCUACUGCUGUUGCCGAAUACGAUUACGAUGCUGCCGAAGACAACGAAUUAACCUUUGUUGAAGGUACGAAGAUCAUCAAUAUCGAAUUUGUUGAUGAUGAUUGGUGGUUAGGUGAAAAUGGCACAACUGGUGAAAAGGGUCUGUUCCCAGCUAACUAUGUUUCUUUAGAAAACUAA